GGUAGCAAGGGGAGGCAGUAGGGAAGAGCAGGCGGGUGGGUGCAGACGUGUAUGUACCAGCGAGCAGAGGAGGACGUAAGGAUGACUGAACACUGGCUAGGGAAGGCUGUGCUCGGGAAGUGCCUAAAGUGUUGACCAUAUUGUGCAGGUGUAGCGCCGCUCAGGGAGGUGCAGGCGCCGGAGAAAAAAAAAAAAAAGGUGUGCGUGCGUGUGUACAUUGGUGUUACCUACACCGGCCGGCAGGUUUAUGGUUGAGUGUAGUGUUGCAGGAUCAUGUUGAAGGUGCAGCAGGAAGUGUUCGUGUAUCGCUUUAUUAGAGGUGUUGCAGAAUCAGGCAGGUGCUACGGGAAUGUGGAAAAAAGUGGCGUUUCGUAAUUGUGCAGGUGUUAUUUGACGUGUUACAGAAUUAGGCAGGUGUUACAGGAAUGUGAUAAGAUUGUACAGGUGUUAUUUGAGAUGUUACAGAACCAGACAGGUGUUACAAGAAUGUGUGAUAAGUUUUUGCAGGUGUUAUUUGGUGUUAAAGAAUCAGCCAGGUGUUACAAGAAUGUGUGGUAAGAUUCUGCAGGUGUUAUUUGAGAUGUUACAGAAUUAGACAGGUGUUACGAGAAUGCGUGAUAAGUUUUUGCAGGUGUUAUGUGAGGUGUUACUGACCCAGACAGGUGUUUCAAGAAUGACAUUUGUUGUAGGACUGGGUAAGUGUGACUGUUUCAAGAUCAGGCAAGUUACAAGAUCAUUGAGGUGUUACAAAAUAAUGCAGGUGUGGUAGAUCGUGUUACAGGGUUGUGCAGAUGUUACAGGUGGUGUUACAAUAUCAUACACGUGUUACUAUGGACGCUGUAGGAUUGUAUAAGCAUGAAUAGAGGUGUUACAAGAUUGCAGAUGUUAAUGUAAGUGUUACAGGAUGGUUCAGAUGUAGCACAGAGGUGUUACAGGUUCAUAGAGAAGUUAAAUGAUUGCAUAGGUGUUACAGAAUCAUGGGAACCGUUACAGCAUUAUGGCAUUAUGGUGUGACUAAUGGUGUUAAUGGGUAGUGCAGGUGUGACUUCAGGUUUUACAGGACAAUGCAGGUGUGACAGGACCGUGCAGGUGUGACUGGAGGUGUGACAGGGCCGUGCAGGUGUGACCAUAGGUGUUACAGGACCAUUCAGGUGUAACUAGAGGUGUGACAGGAGUAUGCAGGUGAGAAUAUGUGACGGGACCGUGCAGGCGUGACUAGAAGUGUGACAGGACCGUGCAGGUAUGACUAGAGGUGUGACAGGACCGUGUAGGUGUGUUGAGGUGUUACAGGACCGUCCAGGCGUGUUGAUGUUAUAGAACGUGCAGGUGUGACUUCAUUUCUGUCUUGAUGAUUACAGGUGUUAGAGGUUCAUGGGUGUUACAGGACCAUGCAAGUAUGACUAGAUGUUACUGGAUUCCACAGGUGUUAUAGAAUUCUUCAGAUUUUUACAGGAUGAGGCAGGUUUGGAUAGAAAUGUUACAGAUGGUGCAAUUACGGAUUACAGAUGGUGCAAUGUUACAGAUGAUGACCAAAGGUGUUAAAAGAUCGUGGAAUUGUGACUAGAGGUAUUACAUAAUCCUGUUGGUGUUGCGGCUUCGUGCAGGUGUUGCAGGAUUGUGCAGAUUUUAGAGGAUCGAAUAGAUAUACGUGUUCGUGCAAGCGAUGUAAGCUGGUAGUGGUGUUAACAGGUCAGUACAGGUGUUAAAGGCAGUGCGGGGGGAUACAGCGAGUAUAGGCGUUACAGGUCUCGCUAUUAUAGGCUAGGACGUGUUACAGACCGUAAUGGGUAUUAUGGUUCAGGAGAAGUGUUAUCAUUCAGGCCAAGUGUUACAUAUCCUAAUAGAUGGUCAGGUGUUAUAAGUCUUAAUGUGUGAGUGGGUGUUAUACUUCGGGACAAGUGUCACAGUCCUUACUGAGCGCGCUUCUUCAGGGCAAGUGUUGUGGGUUGUAAUGGGUGUUGUGGUUUCCAGCCAGUACAAGCAUUACAAGCCUCAGGGGACGUUACAGGCCCAUCAAAGUGUUCGUAGUUCCCAAAGGGCGAUUAGUUUUCCUUUUUGUUAGGAAGUUGGAAAGUUUAGGCGCAGCGACUUAACAUUUUACGGAACGUUGAGGAAGUUUGUGCCCUUUACCAUCCCCAUGAAGGGGUCCAUUUGUCCAUUAGAAUUAUUGGUCGUGAGUGGUGUGUGGUGUAGGCGUGUUGAGGUAAUGCUAGGGGUGUGGCAGGUGUUACAGGCAGCACCAAGAGGCACUACCAGUGGCGGUGGCACAUUGAGAUGUUCAGCAGCUCCUGAGGUCAGUCGCGAACCCCACGGAGCGGCAGCGUGACAGCUGAACUCAAGAUUCAAUCUGACUCAACACUUGCCGUGGUGCGGGCGCUGAGAAAGCCCUGCACCACCACCAUCCUCAGAAGUGGCAAAACCUUGAGUGAUGUAGUGAAGUGGUGGUUGAAUAUUAACAAGAUCAAACAUGCCGGGUGUUUUUGCAUAGUGACUGGAGGCAGCCGCUUGUACGCGGGACUUGGUGGCAUCGUGUGACACCCAGGGAGGGUUGUGUAUUGGCAGUGGCCUCCUCAGGUGUGGGUGUACUCUGGUGGCGGUGGGGCCGGGAUCGAAGCGGGGCUGGAGUACCAGGUAACGAGGACACAGCAAGACAUACAUGUAUGACUGGAAGGCGCGCAACACUUCUUCCUCCGGGGGUGCUGAGGGUCGCUCCCCGGGGCCCCACUUCCCACCCGUGGGUAAGACCGUGGGGUGGCAGGAGGCCAGUCCUCAUAGGCACCCGGGGCGGGGUGACGAGACACUGGCUCCUGCUGCAGCUGCUGCUUCACGCCGCCACCGACGCCAAGACAACACACCACCACCUGCCCCCCGUCGAGGCUGCCCGCCAAGCCUCGUUUUGGCCGCCCGCAUCCAUCCCGUUCUUCCUCACUCGGGAAGAACCCAGACAGGAAACUCCCUGGCCUACGCCGGAACCGCCCGCAGCGGCCCGGCAUGCCUCACCCCGCACUGCAGCGUCAGGACAUCAUCAUAGCAGACACCUGGCCUGGCCCCUGGAGAUCUCAAGUAAUGUGUCACGCUGGGAGGGAGGGAGUUAUCACGGCCGCCACCACAUUUCCCACAAUGUUGCGGGAAAUCGGGAAGAACACGUCGGGAAUGUUGGCUCAGGCAGCAAUAAAGCAGCGAGAACUGUCCCGAGCAGAGUGUGGCCAUCACAGUGGAGGAGGGCAGGCCAGCACUCCGGGCCGCCCGGUCGGAGGAGGGGAUCGGGUGGCCGCCAUGGGACGACAGGCGGAUCAUGGCAUGAAAAUCUUAAGGGUCGGCUCAAGAGGUCCCGGCAUCCCUCCGGGGACAAUAGAGGCGAGAUAAAGGCCAAUCUUGUCUCGGGUGAAGCAGCGUGGGAGGCGCGCUCCAUGCAGGCCUCCCCCAGUUUUCCCCGCCGAACCCCCGAGGCACCGUCUCUCUCCAACAAGAAGAAGGAAUCAGUAGAUGUUUGCGUGAAGAGUCGUCGCCUCGCGUCCCUCCCCACCCUGUCCCCAACCACUCCCAGGAAAGGCGCAUGGCCACCCGGGGAGGUGAAAGGGCCCCAGACUGCCCAGACUCCCGCGCCAGAUAUUGAACUGAUCCCGUUUGAAGACUCCGUUGAAGAUACAAGAAAACUUGAGGCGGAGGAGAACAACGACGGCCUGGAGUGGGAGGACGAGGAAGAUGAGGCUCGUCUCUUUGCUGCGCCUCACGAUUCCUCUAGGGACCCCCGCAGCAUCCUUCGUCGAUGGAAACGCAAAACGGAGGUGUUGGAGGUGCGCGUGGUGGAGGGCGGCCUGGCGGUGCUCCCCUGUAACCUCGCAGUCGACGACCCCAGGGACUCCGUGCAACUCAUUCUGUGGAUCAAAGAGGGAGUGCACACUCCCCUCUACAGCUAUGACUACCGGGAGCUGCUUGGAGGACGACCCAAGGAGACGAAGCCAGACGCGAACACCACACUGGCGAGGAGGACGUCGUUCCGCACAGACACAACCCCCGCUGCCCUGCUGGUGGAGCGCGUGGAGGCUGAGGACGCUGGAGUGUACCGCUGCAGAGUGGACCACCUGCUGUCCCCCACCACCAACACCCGCACCAACCUCACUGUUAUAGUUCCCCCCAGCCGGGCAAGGAUCAGUUGGCGUCUGGGUAACUCUGGCCUCAUGCCUGUGGACACGCCCCUGGUCGGUCCCUUCCUGGAGGGUGCCGCCCCGACCCUCGUCUGCACCAAUGAUGACGGCUGGCCCCCGCCCGCCGUGUUGUGGUAUGAGGGACAGAAGGUCAUUGACGACACGUACGAAGUAGACAGUGACCUUCCCUCCAGCGGCGUCGUGCAGAAUGAGUUGUCUCUCGCCCCGCUGACCCGCGCUGACCUGGGUCGCCGCCUCACCUGCACUGCCUCCAACACCAACACCACCCAGCCCUCCACCACCACCGUCACCCUCGACUUGACGCUGAGCAUCGUGGGCGUGCGGGUGGAGGAGGUGAAGUCAGCCUGGGCGGGGGAGGAGACGGAGGUGGAGUGCAAGGUGUGGGGCUCCCGUCCGCCGCCGUCCGUGGUGUGGUGGCUGGGCUCCACCAUGCUGGCCCCCUCGCACGCUAAGGAGGAGGGCAACGUCACGAUAUCGGUGCUCAAGUUAACGCCCAAGGCUGAGGACGACGGGGCGAUGCUCAUCUGUCAGGCCACCAACGAGAAGCUUCCAGACCAAGCCGUCCAGGACUCCAGACUCCUCUCCAUCAACUACGCGCCUGUGGUGGAGGUGAGUCUGGGUCGCUCUCUGGACCCCGCAAGGAUCAAGGAGGGAGAUGACGUAUACUUCGAGUGUUCGGUCAAAGCCAAGCCUUCCAUCUCAAAGGUGGCAUGGAGACACAAUGGGGUGCAGCUGGUGGCAGGGAAAGGGGUGUUCGUGUCCAACAUGUCCCUGGUGGUGCAGCGAGUCACGAGGGCGAGAGGCGGGGACUACACGUGCGAGGCGACCAACGCAAGAGCCACCUCCUCCUCUCCCGCCCUGCACCUCGACGUCAAGUAUGCUCCGGUGUGUGGGCGGCAGGAGAGGACACAGCAUUCGGUGGCUAAGCUGGAGAAUGCCGAGGUGUCGUGCCGAGUGGACGCCAACCCGCCCAAGGUGACUUUCCGCUGGACCUUCAACAACACGCGAGGCGAUAGACGUGCCGACGGGCGGUUUGUUGUGGUUGGUACCGAGUCUCGAGUCAACUACACCCCGAUGAAUGAGCUGGACUACGGGACGCUGCUGUGCUGGGCCAACAACAGCAUCGGCGUGCAGACUCACCCCUGUGUCUUCCAUAUCGUGGCUGCAGGCAAACCCAAUCCUCCUCACAACUGUCGAGUGUUUGACGUCACCAUCAGCUCCCUCCAAGUGACUUGUCUCCCCGGCGACGACGGAGGCCUCAGCCAAGAGUUCCUCCUUCAGGUGUACCAGGUGGGGAUCGAUGACCCCGGUUGUGGAAGUGAGUCGGCCCUCACCGUCCUUCAGUGUGACCAACCUACGCCCCGCCACGGCCUACAAGGUGACGGUGACGGCGAUGAAUGACAAGGGCGCCUCACGAGCCACGCAGCUCAAGGCCUACACCAGCAGGGUUUUAGAGAUGCAGGAGGAGACCAGUGCUGAGCCGGCACGGGACCGUGAGCGAGGGCCCAGGAGUACCGGUGGUAGUGGCUGUGGGUGCAGGCGUAGCGGCGGUGCCCCUGGUGGUCGGGGGUGGGCGUUCUGGUGUGGUUGAAGGCGUGCCGUCGUGUGCCCACCCCUCCUCCCUCCCCCAGGAGACACAGCACCCUCAGCAAGGAUGCUGCCUCCACAGCCCUCCCCUCUGAAGGUUCCCCCCCAUCGCGACCCCCCGAUCUGCUCUCCCACACCACAGGUGAGCGUGGAAAUGUGGCCCAGAAGCAUUGAGCGGGGAAGAGGUGUAGCCACAUUUAUUAGGGUAAACGAAUUGCCGGACAGGUAGACUAGGUACAGGUGUGGUUGGAGGAAGUAGACAAAGAUUAGGCUCAGGCGUGAUAGGUGUGGCAGGGACAAGUUUAUGGGAUGUAAGGGGUCGCUAUUUUUCACUGAGGUAAACAGGGAAUCAUUUAUGAGUCACUCAUCACAAAGCUUUUCUGCAACACUUAAAGAGGCCGAUGAGCCCCGAGGGAGGUAAGCAGCUGAGCUACGUGGUGCGCACCGCUCCCGCCGAGGCAGGACACAGUCUGUAGUGUGAGGGGGAUGGAAGUGGGUGUUAUCAGUAUUCAAGUAUCCUCCCGGCAGGAUCCUGGUAAUAGCCCUGACCACUGUGCCCACAUAGCCCACCAUCUCCACCUCAUCAUCGUUCUUCCUCCACAACGGCGGGCCUCCUUACCCCUCCUCCGCCCAUCACACCGGAGCAGCCCCAGCGGCGGCGGAGGCGGGGGCGGCAGCCGUGUUCCCUCCGAGCUGCAGGUCGACCGGAGCUGGAGGGGCCAGGCCACGCUGGAAAGGCGACGGCAGUGUCAUCACGAGCCCACCGAUCCAGCGCUGCACACCACCUUCCCUCACCUCUACCAGGGAUCGAGUGGUCGUCCGUGCCACACCCCGCACGGCUCCCAGUACUUGCCUCACCCACUGCCCAGCUGCGCCUUCCGGAGGCUCCCCCCUCUCAGAGUCAACAGGGAACUCUUCGACGAGACCAAAAAGUCAGGUCAGGGUACUGGUCCCCACCUGUGCCAGAUGCACGAGUCCUCCGUCUCCGAGGGACUCAUAUCACGGACAGGGGGGAGGCUGGGCCACAGGGUAUGCCGACGAGGCGAGGGUGCGGGCGGCGAGGGAGUGGACCACGGGGAGCCGCCCACGCCAAACACUGUCAGAAAAAAAUAAACGAGAGAGUGCGGUUUGAGGGUUGUGCCGCACCGAAAACUUCAGUCGUUCCCUUUUAAGUAAAUAAUUAACGUGUCAACGCAACAUCUCAUCGAAAAAAAAAGCUCGCACCGGACCGCGGGGGAGAGCCGCGGUCCACGCUCAGCUGUGUGGAGCACGAUGCAGGUGUAUCAACGACACUGCACUCACUUUUGUACGUCACAUUUCAUCAUUGCUAAGGUGAACCCUCAGAGAGAGAGAGAGAGAGAGAAAGAGAGAGAGAGAGAGAGAGAGAGAGAGAGAGAGAGAGAGAGAGAGAGAGAGAGAGAGAGAGAGAGAGAGAGAGAGAGAUUGAUAUAGCAACCCUACAAUACAUCAAACGUGAGAGAAUAAAGGAAAAAAAUGGCAUUCGUUCUUCUGUCAGUGAUGAUGAAGGCGAUGAUUUUGAUGGUGGUGGGUCCCAAGUUUACCGAUGCUCCACGCUUCUGGCCAAGUGUGCUGUUAAUCGUAAUGAUCUGUGAUAUUACGCUAAUGGAGCACUGACAUCGUAGUAGAGGUGGAAGCGACGACAUGGCGUACUCAAAACUACAGUUGUCUUCAGAGGAGGAGGAGGAGGAGGAGGAGGAGGAAGGCUGUGUGGAGAAAAGAAUUACAAAAAAAAGUACAUAUUGUUCUCCCCACUCCUCUAAACAAACUUAGCCAACCUCUGCUUUAAUCUGACUUCCCAAAGCGACACCAGCAGCCCAAUAUUUUGUAACGUGAGCUACCGUGUUGUCAUCACUGUUUUCUCCGACGUGUUCUGAUUAACCUCAAAGGGAAGAAAGAAAAAAAUACAAGACGAGCCAAGAGUCGCCCGCUUCUACCGACGUCAGUGAUGAGUUGCCGAUUAAGAAUAAAGAAUAACUCGCUCAAGUGGCACAUAGUGAGUAGUGGUGGUGACUGGAACGAAGGAAAAGUAUAGUAGAAGUAACAGAAGCAACGUGAAAUGAACAAAGCUGUGAUGAAUCUAGCGCGUGAAACAGAAAGAAAAAGAAAAAAAAUAAACAAUUAAUUCUUGACUUUUCUUGUUAUGAAUUAUGUUGCGUGAA